AUGGCCAUGACAUAUAGGUCACCAGCGGAGUCACAACGCCAAGCUGGUACCUACUACCGGCGUGGGGUACUAUCUCCCAUGUACCUGACUCCUUCGUGGUUCCCUCUCAACUCCCCCACGAUGGAUUUCGUGUAUUCGUCAUCUUAUGAGCUCGCAUGGAGUAAUCUAUGCGACGCCGUAGAAUAUAGCGGCAUUUUCGAUUCCGAAAAGCGCCAGCCCCAUUCACGAUGCAUGGAGAACACAUGUGUUGCACUGAGGGAGAGCCUGAGACAAGUCCUCGAUGAACGUGAUCACAAGAACGUUUGCCUCAGCGGUCUCGCGACUCUCGCCGGUGUUGGAAAAACUUCUAACGCGUUCUCUAUAGCCGAGGAGAUGAAAGCAACGUCAAGGCUCGCUGCUACUUUCUUCUUCUCGCAUAAACAUGCACAACAAGCUGCUGCCAUCAUUCCUGCCAUCGCAUACCAGCUGGCACUGACCUUCCCUCGCAUUCGGGGCAAUAUCGUGAAAGCGAUUGAGAAAGACAAGAUGAGCUUCUAUCAAACACCUUAUGCCAUCAUUAUCGAUGCUCUUGAUGAAUCCUUUUCUGCUGAAGAGGCAGCAAGACUGGUUUUGAUGUUGACAGAGACCCUCGCAGGCCCAGACUUACCCAUCAUCUACCUGAUAUUCACAAGCCGUCCUGAGCCGCAUAUCCGCGCAGUCAUGCGGGACUGUGUCCACGAGAUUCUCCUCACCACUGAUGAUGAAGAUACAAUACGGGAUGUCCGUUUCUUUCUGCGAGCGUCAUUGGACAGCACACGGACAAGUCAUCCUGUUAUCUUCGGCCAGCCGCCCACGCCAUGGCCAUCGGAGGAUUAUCAGCAGAUUAUCGCAACUUCGGAGAAUCCAAUUGCGCACUGUCGGAUAUUGGCGUCUAUCAUCUCAUGGUACCGUUGCCGGUCGCAAAACUCCAAGAUCUCUUUCACGCGGAUAGGGAGAACUUUGCUAUGA